AUGGGGCUCCGGGACUGGGUCUGGGGGAGGAAGAAGGAGGAUGCUGCGCCGAGCGCGGUGCCGUCGGAGUCGCUGACGCUCCCAAGCAGCCCCGCGCCCCCCGCGCAGCCGGACCCGGUCACCGCGCCGGCCGCCAGGAUGUACAACCCUUAUGACGGUAUGGACACGGGGGGCAUCGGGGGCAUCCGGGCGGUGCAGAGCGUGUACGCGAUGCCACAAAGCCCGCAAUUCCUCUUUGACGCCGAGGCGAAGAUCAAACGGCGCUCCUGGGGCGACAACCUCGCGUACUACACGGGCGUGGGCUACUUGUCAGGAUGGCUGGGCGGUGGAGCCUUCGGCGCGGCCACGGGCAUCGCGUCCUCGCCCGAGCCGGGAAUGGUCGACACCAACCGCCUCAAGAUCAACCGCUUCCUGAACAGCACGGCCUCCCGCGGAACCCGCGCCGGCAACGCCCUCGGCAUGGUGGGCAUGAUAUUCGCGCUCUCCGAGUCCGGCCUGUUCUACGUCGGCGAGAACCACGUCCCAGUCGACUACCCGGACGCCCUCAACACCCUCGCCGCGGGCUUCCUCACCGGCGCCCUCUUCCGCGCCCCCCGCGGCCCGCAGCUCGCCGCCGUGGCCGGCGGGGCCGGCGUGGCGGCCGCCGCCGCGCUGCUCGCGGGCCGCAGCGUCAUCAAGGGCCUGUGA